AUGUCUACUUCCAUCCCCUUUCCAAGUUCCCUGGUCCCUUGUACUGCGCCAUUAGUGACCCAGCAGAUUCCCCAUUGCUUGUGGUUUCUAGGAGGACGCCAACCAUACAAAAUUCUUGAACUUCAUAAUCGUUACGGCCCGGUGGUGCGAACAGCCCCAAAUGACCUGUCUUUUAAUACGGCCCAAUCAUGGAAAGACAUAUACGGUUCCAGACAGGGCCACCAGGCUUUCGUCAAAAGCGCCUUCUACGACGGGGGAAGUUUUGCCAGCCGGGGCGUCGGUUCCAUUGUCAGCGAACGCAAUGUCGACGCCCACGCGCAGAUGCGCCGCUAUCUGUCGCAUGCGUUUUCCGAUCGGUCGCUCGCGGAGCAAGAAGACAUUAUUGCGCGAACCAUGGAUAUAUGGGUCGAAAGCUUGCUCAAAAAGGGGUCGCGCAAAGAGGGGAUUGAGAUGGGAAAGAGUUUCAGGAUUAUGACGUUCGACAUUAUUGGCGAACUGGCGUUUGGGGAGAACUUCAAAGAUGUUGAACAUCCCUGGAUCGCCACCCAUCUCGGAGCUCUGAAUCAAGGAGCCCUGGCCGACACCUUGAAGCGCUUCCCGACACUCGCCUGGCUUGCUCAGGGGCUGCUGCAGAAGAAAAUCUGGGAACUCACCGAGGACACAAAGAAAAAUGAGAAUUUUGCCAUUGAUAUGAUCAACAGACGAAUCCACCGCGAUGAGCUUUCGCGCAAAGACUUCAUGACGCACAUUCUACAGAGGCGGGGUUCUGCCCAGGUGUCGGACCUACAGCUAGCAGCGCACGCUUCUGACUUUGCCCUGGCUGGAAGCGAGACCACGGGCACUGCCUUGUCAGCCAUCAUGUACUACUUGCUGCGAACUCCCCAGGUCAUGCUCAAGCUUCAAAAGGAGAUCCGAGGCAGUUUCAAGACAUAUAGUGAGAUAUGUUUCAGGUCAACGAUUGGCUUGCCAUAUCUGGACGCUGUUAUUCUCGAGGGGCUCAGAAUGUACCCCCCAGUACCGCUUGGUCUGCCCCGUGUGGUGCCGGAUGGAGGCGACACGGUCGACGGACAUUUUCUGCCAGCUGGGUCAGUGUAUCCUGUAGUUGAGGGGAAAAGCACUAAGCAUAAUAAUAUCAGGUCGUUGUUUACACACAUCCAGUUGCGGCAAGCUUGA